AUGGCUACCUUCAAGUCGACUUCCAGAAGAGGUGCCCCGGAGGCGGAAGCCAGAGCCCCUCUGUCUACCUCGCGGCGGCGGUCUCACAGCGUAAGCGCUGUUUCGCGGAAAGCCCACUCCCAAUUCGACGAUCAAUCUCAGAUCCCCUCCGAAUUUUCUAACCGCAGAGAUAACCCACUUUUCUGGGCUACAUCUUCUUCGCCACCCGAUGGAGAGCAAAAUGAGAGGAUCAACCGAAGUGCUUUCUGUAGUAAUAGACAAUCCUCUGCUUCGAAUUCAAGAAGUGCAGGAAACGGCAAUGACAGUUGUGAUUCUUUUAGCGGACAGAGGGGUCGUUCUGCUACACGUGGUUUAAGUGAAAAGAAAGGGAUCGGCCGGAGCUUAUCGAGGGCUCGAGGGCGGUCUGUGUCUAGAGCCUCUUGUAAAGGAGCUUAUGAGUGUGGAAAUGAUCGGGAUGUGGUACCAUCUUCUAUUGCUCAUAGCAGAAAGGAGAUUAGAAAAAGUGACAAAGUUACAAGAAGACCGAAUUCUGUUGGACGUAGAGUAGAUGUGCAGAGCCGUGCAAUGAAUGUAAGAGGGCAAGCAAGUGAGUGUUCCGAAGAUGAUUCUGCCUGUAGUAUGCCGAUAUCAAAUCUGGAGGAUGGAAUAUCAAUUGGUUCCUUAUCAGAAGCUGAAGAGAAAGCUAUUAACGGUGCAUAUAACGAGUUACAUGCUUUUCAACGAAAUAAUACAGCCUCAAAUAUUGUCAGUACGCCUUCUAAUUUUGUAAACACUGAAGCUGUUGAGUUGAUCUCAGAAAUCAGAAGGAAAUACGCCAUAAAACUGGAAAAGUCUGAAGAACGCACUAGAAAACUUAGAGCAGAUCUUGCUGUUGAACAGCACCGUGGGAAAGAGCUGGAUAGAAUACUCAAGGAGAUACCUCCUGAUCCAAACAUACCGUUUGUAUCAAAAUCUCGUCGAGGAAGAAAGGCAAGCAAUGAAAUAAAGCAGAUGUCAAAAUGUCUCACAGAAGAUGCCAUGGCAUAUUUUGAUGAGUGUGUGUCUCUCUCGACUUUUGAUAGUUCCGACUUCUCUGCAUCAGAAGAUCCACCUUUAAGUGCAGCUGGACCUACUGUACUUGUAGCUGCUUCAUCUCUAGGCAGUUAUGAGCUUCCCCAGAAGCAGCUCUAUGGCUACGACGAUUCUUCAAUAAUUACAGACAGCUGCAGCUUUGAUCCACAGAGCACUCGACGUUAUAACUUCUCAUUUACCGAUAGAAAACGUGGGCCUGAAGAGGAGAUCGGGAGCUGCAUUAAGAAUUUCGAGAAGGGCACUAAAAAAGAUGUCGACUUUGAGGCCACAUCAUCGCACUACGAUGCUGGAGAAUAUCACAUGAGAGGCCAGCGCGAAAGUUUAUUAAUUGAUAGGGUGCUGUAUAAAGGCAGAAUCGAAUCAGGAGGGUUGCACUUAUGUAGUGGGGCUAUGGGUUUUCUGCCUUCUGCUCCCGUUAUGUGA